AUGGCUUCAAGUAAUCCUAAUAAUCAAGUUGUGGGCGCUAUGAACGUAGAAAACGACGGUGCAGAGCCGGUGCAGCCUCGGCAACCUAAAAAUUUACAGGGACUUCUCCGCUUUGCUAUGGAAGCUACCAAGGCUGAAGAUGCCCCUGGAAAUUCAGAGCUAGGGCCGAUGGAUGAAGAGAGACGUAAGUUUUUGGAGGAAGCCCUCAAGAGUCUUACUAUAGAUGUGGCAGAGGUGUUACAAAAGAGCAUUAAGAUUUUGAGUGAUUCUGAGAGGAUCCAAAGUAUCCAGCUGGGCCAGGAGCUGCCGGAGGAUGUGGAUAUUGCCUUCUCUAACAUCCUCGAACUUGUUGAUAAUAUUGAUACAGCCAAUGAUUUUUACAAGCUUGGUGGCUUUUCUAUAUUACCGAUCUGUCUCGGAUGUGAGAAUGAUAAAAUCAGGUCCCGGGCCAGUUCAAUACUAGCCGAGCUGUGCCAGAACAACCCGUUCUGUCAGUCUCGAGCAUUGGAGUGUGGAUUAUUCAAUGUGAUGUUGCAUUUAGCCCCAAGCGAGAAGGGAAUGGCACUCGCUAAGUGUAUCUCGGCCAUUUCAUCCAUGGUUCGCGACUUCAAGCCAUCACUGCAGGAGUUGACGGCACAGGGAGGCUGUGAAUUGCUCGCCAACACCCUUCAGGGUCCUGAUAUCUCAGCCAGGACUAGAGCUGCAUUCCUGAUAAGAUACCUGUGUAACAGUUAUGUGGAUGCUAAAGAUAAAUUCGUCCAACAAAACAUUGUCAAGAUAAUAGCAGAUCUCCUCAAAGAAGGCAGAGAUGAUACAUCCGAACAUCUCCUGAGUAUUUUGGACACUUUGGUACAAGAUGUGGACCCCAAAGUAAUCAAACUAUGCAGAGAUCCAGGCUUAAAUCUUGAUAACAUUCUUAAGGAACAUCUCAAGAAUCCAGAGCUUGAUGAAUGUUUCAUUGAAGAGAGAGAUUAUUGUCGGUCUAUCUUGAGAGUACUCGAAAACUUUCCACAGUUUGAACAACUCAACAGCGAAGUGGAUAGAUAA